AUGGAAUCAAAGAGCUCCGAUGAAAACUGUAACAACCCUAAUUCGGAGUUACACCCAUCCAAGCUCAUCAUGGCUUCCCACUUCCUUCGAGCCCUCUUUCGUAUACAGCAUACGACGACCGACUCCUCCUUCGCCGGCCGAAGCCGCAAGAUAAGGCGUGCUGCUUAUGCGUCGAUGGCUUACUCCGUCGGGACAAAGCGAGCGUGGAGCUCUGCUUUGCUCCGUAAGCUCCGCAGCCGCUCUCGGCUCCGGUUUCCCAAUCCUCGGAGAGCGAAAUAUGCGGCACUUCCGGGAAGGCCAAGGGUCGCGAGACCCCAGCAAAGGGAGAUGGACCAAGCAGAAGCUCUUCGCGAGUUGGUGCCAGGAGGGACAAGCAUGGACGACUGCAGGCUGCUCGAGGAGACAGCGGACUACAUACGGUGCCUUAGCACGCAGGUAAGGCUCAUGCAGGCGAUCAUGGAAUCGGUCUCUUUUUAG